AUGAAAAAUAGCAGCAAGCCGGUGGGACGAUUCCAGCUCUCGCUCACCACACCAGCUUGCAACUAUAGAAAGAUUUCGAAGCCUUUGAUGGAGAAAAAAAGAAGAGCCCGGAUCAACGAAUGUUUGGAGCAACUGAAGACGUUAUUGGAAGAACACUACUCUAACAAUAUCAGGAAGCGUAAGCUGGAAAAGGCCGACAUCCUGGAAUUAACAGUCAAACAUCUGAGGGAUUUGCAGAGUUCUCGACAAGGGGCCCUGGUGUUGUCUCAGGAUGGUGUGGCGGAAUACCAGGCAGGAUUUAGAAGCUGCUUGAACGGGGUCAGUCAGUACCUGCUGAGAAGCAAAAGUACAGACGAGCAUCUGCGACUGGGAGUGCUGAACCACUUGGUAAACGCUUUUCCCGUCUUCUCGGCUUCUGGUUUCAGCACGGCGGACAGCGGCUGUCGAUUUGAAGUUUCUCCGUCAACCAGGCUUCACUCAGUGCAGGCUUCAUUCAACCAGUCGGUUCCGCCGCCCAGCAAGCCCACCGCCCCAACCGGCCGCUCGGGCAAACCUCCUCCUCCCUCCCCUUCCCUGGUUCGACGCAGCAGCCACAGACGAGUGGCUGAGCUCACGUUGAGUGAACAGAAAUCCAUCCCCGAAACCCCAGCAAAAGAAAAGCGAAGUCCAGCCAGCAGCACUGAUACUAAAACUACCACCAACCUUGUACUUUCUCCUGACUCAGAAGCCCUUUGGCGGCCUUGGUAG